AUAGUCGUAAGAUUAUUUGAGUCUGUAUUAUUAUGGCUGAUGAAAAGGAUGAUCCUGCGGCAACCCCAACAACAGAAGUCAAUGAGCAAGCAGGUGCAACUUCUGCAGUCCCAGCAGCGACAGCCGUUCAAGAUAUUGUUCAGCCCUUAAAAGACGCUGAACAUGAGAAACUUCAUUCCACCCAGGCGAAGACAGAAACUUUAGAAUUAGCUGGAAGGAAAAGAAGUAUAGAUGAGAAAAAGAAAGAAUCGCUAGGAGCCAGACGGAGUACAUUGAAAGAAAGAACAGAUUCUUUAAACAGCAGAGCGAAGAUUGUUCUUGGAAGUAUAAUAUCCAUCAAGAAAUCUGAUACGGUCGGCGAUUUCGGAGGCGAAAGAGGAAAAUCAGCUCGUUACAUGAAUACUUACAAAUUGGACUCUGAGAAACCAUUCAAUCCAGAGAAAGUGAAAAAAAUUUUGGAGGAAAUUCUACUCGAAGCUCUUGAAGGACCAUACGAUGAAGUAAAGUGUCCACUGAAAGCUAAACAAGCAUCUGCUGCUAUUCGUGCUAAAGUUAAGGAAUUGGAAUUCGAUAGAUAUAAAUUGGUCUGCCUCGUAACAAUUGGAGAGAAGCAUAAUCAAGAUGUAAUGAUUGCCUGUAGAUUUCUCUGGGAUGUCGAAAGAGAUCGAUUUGCCAUGUUCUCCCAUGAAACUAGUCAUGUAUUUGGGGUAGCGCUAUGUUUUGGUCUAUACUAUGAAUAA